UGGGUCGAGGGAGUGGGGUGGAGGGUUAUAGCCAGAGCCCAGUGGUCCCCCCAGGCCUUUGGCUAGCCCUUGGCCCCUGCCUGGCCCUUCACGGCACGGGUCUGGGCAAGAGGCUGCGGUCGGGGGCUGUGCCAGCAGCACGGCAGGGGUGUCCUGCUCACGAGGAGGUCUUGGGACUGGCUCAGUGCAGGGAGCGUCCCGCGGCAGAUUGCAGUGAGCAUCCCGUGCAGAGCAUGCUCUGGCCCCGGGGUAGCUGCUGCUUGUGUUUGGGUUUUGCCGUGCUCAUGGCAUGUGGGAAGCUGCUGCUGCCGUCCUCAUCCUGUGAGGCAUUUCCCUCCUUUUGUCUGCCCACGGAUGUGCUCUGGCUCUCCUGCAGCUGGGGACUUGCUGGUGCCUGCUGCCACUGUGCCUGCAACCCUUUCCCAGUGUGAUCAUGUCAGUCCCCUGGUUGCCUCCAGGCCCAGCAGAGCUGCCACCUUCCCUGUCUUCCCCUUCCCUCGCUGCUACCUCUGGCCUUCUGAGCGCCCUUUUUGAGUGGGUUUCUCCUGUUUUGCAUUGGGUUUGGCAGUGCUUCCCUGUCAGCAGUGGGCAGUGAGGCCAUAAGAGGCAGAAAUGAUGUCUGCUGGUUCCCCUCUCUCUCCUCUGUCCCUGUGUUGCUGGGGUCCCUCUCUACAGCUCUCAAGUCUGUCCUCAGCAGUGGUCCUGCCCCGGGAAGCUGCUGCCUGCGCCCCUUCACAGGCAAUAAGUCUGGUGAGCACGUCGCUGUGGCUUGUCGAGUGCUGCUGGUUAACCGAGCUGCAGUGACGGGUGCUGAACCAUGGCGGUGUGGAUCCAGGCCCAGCAGCUCCAGGGCGAAGCCCUGCGGCAGAUGCAGGCGCUCUAUGGGCAGCACUUCCCCAUCGAGGUGCGGCAUUACCUGUCGCAGUGGAUCGAGAGCCAGGCAUGGGACUCUAUCGACCUUGACAACCCCCAGGAGAAUGUGAAGGCGACACAGCUUCUGGAGGGGCUGAUCCAGGAGCUGCAGAAGAAGGCAGACCACCAAGUGGGUGAGGACGGCUUCCUGCUGAAGAUCAAGCUGGGGCACUACGCCACGCAGCUGCAGAACACGUAUGACCGAUGCCCCAUGGAGCUGGUGCGCUGCAUCCGGCACAUCCUGUACCACGAGCAGCGGCUGGUGCGGGAGGCGAACAACAGCCCUUCCCCAUCUGGCUCCCUGGUGGACGCCAUGUCCCAGAAGCACCUGCAGAUCAACCAGACCUUUGAGGAGCUGCGGCUCAUCACUCAGGACUCGGAGAAUGAGCUCAAAAAGCUGCAGCAGACACAGGAAUACUUCAUCAUCCAGUACCAAGAGAACAUGCGACUCCAAGCCCAGUUCUCCCAGCUCUCCCAGCUGGGCCCCCAGGAGCGCAUGUCACGGGAGACGACGCUGCAGCAGAAGAAGGCAUCGCUGGAGGCCUGGCUGCACCGUGAGGCCCAGACACUACAGCAGUACCGUGUGGACCUGGCUGAGAAGCACCAGAAGACGCUGCAGCUGCUGCGCAAGCAGCAAACAACCAUCCUGGAUGAUGAGCUGAUCCAGUGGAAGCGUCGGCAGCAGCUGGCGGGGAAUGGGGGCCCACCUGAAGGCACCUUGGAUGUGCUGCAGACCUGGUGUGAGAAGCUGGCAGAGAUCAUCUGGCAGAACCGGCAGCAGAUCCGCCGUGCCGAGCACCUGUGCCAGCAGCUGCCGAUCCCAGGCCCAGUGGAGGAGAUGCUGUCAGAGCUGAACGGAACCAUCACUGACAUCAUCUCUGCCCUAGUCACCAGCACCUUCAUCAUCGAGAAGCAGCCCCCCCAAGUGCUGAAGACACAGACCAAGUUUGCAGCCACUGUGAGGCUCCUGGUGGGCGGGAAGCUGAAUGUGCACAUGAACCCCCCCCAAGUGAAGGCCACCAUCAUCAGCGAGCAGCAAGCCAAGGCCCUGCUGAAGAAUGAGAGCACCCGCAAUGAGAGCAGCGGGGAAAUCCUCAACAACUGCUGUGUGAUGGAGUAUCACCAGGCCACUGGGACACUCAGCGCCCACUUCCGCAACAUGUCCCUGAAGCGGAUCAAGCGCUCGGAUCGCCGCGGGGCUGAGUCAGUGACAGAGGAGAAAUUCACCAUCCUCUUUGAGUCGCAGUUCAGUGUCGGUGGGAAUGAGCUGGUCUUCCAGGUGAAGACCCUGUCCCUGCCUGUGGUGGUGAUUGUGCAUGGGAGCCAGGACAACAAUGCCACAGCCACCGUGCUUUGGGACAACGCCUUUGCCGAGCCUGGCCGCGUGCCCUUCGCUGUGCCCGACAAGGUGCAGUGGCCACAGCUCUGCGAGGCGCUCAACAUGAAGUUCAAGGCAGAGGUGCAGAGCAGCCGUGGGCUGACCAAGGAGAACCUGGUGUUUCUGGCACAAAAGCUCUUCAACAGCACCAGCUCCCACCUGGAGGACUACAGCAGCACCACAGUGUCCUGGUCCCAGUUCAACCGGGAAAACCUGCCUGGGAGGAAUUACACCUUCUGGCAGUGGUUUGACGGGGUCAUGGAGGUGCUGAAGAAGCAUUUGAAGCCGCACUGGAAUGACGGGGCCAUCCUGGGCUUCGUCAACAAGCAGCAGGCGCACGACCUGCUCAUCAACAAGCCCGACGGGACCUUCCUCCUGCGCUUCAGCGACUCGGAGAUCGGUGGCAUCACCAUUGCCUGGAAGUUUGACUCCUCUGAGAGGAUGUUCUGGAACCUGAUGCCUUUCACCACCAGGGACUUCUCCAUCCGCUCCUUGGCUGACCGCCUCGGGGAUCUCAGUUACCUCAUCUACGUGUUCCCCGACCGGCCCAAGGACGAGGUGUUCUCCAAGUACUACACGCCGGUUCUCUGUGAGUCCACGCCAGCUAAAGCUGUGGAUGGAUACGUGAAGCCACAGAUCAAGCAAGUGGUGCCAGAGUUUGUCAACGCAUCAGGAGAUUCUGCCCCUGGAGGGGCCACCUACAUGGACCAGGCACCCUCGCCUGCCGUCUGCUCCCAGCCUCAUUACAACAUGUACACCCAGAACCCCGACCCUGUGCUGGACCCUGAGGGUGAUUUUGACCUGGAAGACACGAUGGAUGUGGCAAGGCACGUGGAGGAGCUGCUGCGGCGCCCCGUGGACAGUCAGUGGAUCCCCCACGCCCAGUCGUGACAGGCAGGCGCCUGGUCCCUUGCCCCUGGCCCCGGCGCUGCGGGGACUGUGCUGUGUUCGUGUCUCUGUGCCAGGGGACAGCGGGUGGGCCCUGCCCCCAGGAUUUGCUCUGUGCUGCCCCGAAACACAGGCUGGCGUCCAGCUCUUUGGUGUUUAUGCCCUUGUAUAAACGGCAGCGGAUUUGUCGCAUGGUUUUCCUGUAUGUUCCUUUUAAGAGGCCCAGCUUCGGCUUUCCGCUUCUGCCAGCACUGGCCCUGCAGCCCCUCACCCCCCGUGGGGCUGCUGGGGCGGGGGCCGCCCGCCCGGCCUCAGGUUCGCUUUCGCAGUCGUCACUAAGAAUGUACAUGUCGCCUUCUUGUUCUCCCCCGCGGCUCCGUUCCCAGGGGUGCGUGAGGGCAGAGGGCAGAGGAAGGGUUCUGCCAGGGCUCCCCCAGCCCGUGCUGGUGCUCUGCUCCACAGUGGCAGGGUCCCUGCACCUCAUCUUCUCCUCUGCCCCCAAGGAUGCAGGAGCCCCUCCGGCUCCCGGCCUCGGUGUCCCCUCUGGAGCCGGUGCAGCAUGAGGGUGGCAGGGUGCGAGGGCACCCAGCGAGGGCAGUCGGGUGGGCAGGGGGUUUGGGGAAGCGGAGCCCUCUGCCCGCUGCUUCUCCCCUCGCCUGGGCGGGAAACUCUGGGGUCCUGGCCAUGUUAUUUUUCUAUCACAGAGUAAAUAAAGCACGGAAUAUUUUUGUAACACAAAA